CGGCAAAUGACCCAACGACCUUGCUACUUGUUUAACUUGAAAUUUUUGCGAAUCGAAGUUGUCUUGGUGUAAUGAAUGGUUCAAAACCACAUAUCAGUAUCACCUUUCGCAAAUCAAAGAAACCAAAACUCAAUGAUAGUGUUAGAAUUAUGCGAAAUAGGGGGUUAUUAAACACCUCAAGAAGACUACUGCAGAAAUCAGUCAAUCAGUCUUUCACUUCAGCCACAUCUCUUCGUGCUAAUAAUGCUUCAUUAGCGAAAAAACUAGCCGAAUUGCAAGUUGAAUUAAAUAACCAGAAGAUGGCUACACAACAAGCGAAUAUUGAAUUAUUGAAUUGUCGUAUGGAAGUAGCUCGGUUACAAGCGUAUAAAGAAACCAAAGAGAGAAUAAAGGUAUCAUACAAAUUGACCCAUUAAUAGAUUGUAAACAAUAUAAAAAGGAAAUUUACUGAGUAAAGUGGAUUCGUCAGUCUGUUUUAAGGCUUCUCACCUACUGUAAAUAGCAUAAAAUCACGAGGAAUAGUCUAAUUAUAAAUAAAGGCUUGACGUGCUUUAGUUAAUGAAGUUAAGUUAGAUGUCCAAAACGAAACUAAAAAUCAUGAAAAAAGAAAUAAGAUUUUCGAAUACGCAUUUAGGAAUGUUAUCUGAAUGACAGUAAAGUCUUCACAAGUUUCAUUGUCAGGCAUUUGAUAGGUAAUGGGCAUAGUACUUACAUCAGUAAAAACUCAAACCCAUUUUAAAACAACCAAUGACAGUUCCUCUCCCUUCUAACAGAAGUAAUAGCUAUCAAACAUUUCCAACUUGAUCUAUUUUUGUUUGAUAUUGUUGAUGCUUACAUAUUAACUGAAGUUCUGAUUUUGUUGAUAAUCUGUCCAGUUAUUCGUUAUCUUUACUAAGACUGUGCAAUCCUUUUUUUCCUAAUUAUGGUUAAUAGUAACCAUAACAUAACCUCUUCUAUGUGCUACUAUUUUUCUAACAAAAAAAUUCGCAUCGGUCUUAACCGUCCUAAAUCAUAUGAUUUUUGUUCAAACCCAUCUGUUCAUGAUUUUCGGUUUCGUUUUAAACAUCCAUUUCCACUUCACAUAACUAAAAGUAUGUCGAAUAUUUUUCUUUUUAUUAUUAUAUUAACUUCCUGUACAUGAGAAGCGUUUAAAAUUGACUAAUGAAUUCAUUUUAUCCCACAAAUAUUGUUCAGUUUAAAAUGGUUUAUAUUAUCCUGUUAUUGAUGAUAUUUCUUAUUAAAGUUCGAUCAGUCUUGGCUGGCUUAUGGGAAUCAUGUGCAGAUUGCCUUUACAUAGCUAUCAUGACACAAGUUAAUAUAGAAUAGACGACAUUUGGCUAGCAGCGGGAUCCAGGAUAUGCAUCUCGUCCUAUUUGGAAUAUGAUAAUCUAAACCAUUUAAUGUUGAAUCAGAUCUCACGGCCGUUUCACAAGUGAGUGACUAUCUGGACUAGGCAGCUAAGUGAAUAACGCUAUGACGUUUAAAGCAAAACGGUACCGGGUUCGAGUCCCAGAGUGAACACCAACUCUGGGAUGCAGGUACAUCUAUCUGUCGAUUUCCAAAUGGUUCUUGUGUACUUUAAAUAAAGUUAUUAAAUCAUUCUAUAUUAUUUCUGUAUGUAGUCACUUUUCCCCUUCUUCUUUUUCAAAUAACAAAAUAAUAAUUGUUAGGCUUGUAUUUUAAAUGUACAUGAAUUAUUGUGUUCACAAAUUGAAAUGGGAAUGUCUAUGAUGACUUAUGUGAAAGAUUCAAUAUCGGUAUUGGAUAAAAAUGAUUCAUUGGAUUUGUUGUCGAAUCCUAUAUCAAGUCUACUUGGUGAAACAGCAGUUGAUCCGAAUGCACUUGAUUCUGUUUGUAGAAAAGAAUUUACAAAACCUGCUCAACAGAUAACAGAAGAAAAUGUUUGUCAACUAUCUAUUGUUUGUCCUGAAAUUCAAUCUCCAUCAUCAUCGACUUCAUUAGUAACAGGUCCAGUGAAAAUGGCAUUCGUUCCUAAAGAUCACAGUAAUGCUAAUCAUAUUUGCAAUAACAGAUUGGAUGUACAACCGAUUCCUCUUAUUGAAACGUUAAAUACUGACCUACAAUCAUCACAGUCUAUUCGUCAGGAACCAUUGGUAGUAGUAUCAUCUUGUGAAGAAGUUUUACCUGAAAUACUGACAAGUCCAAUAACUUGUAUUUCUGAAAAUAAUAUUACAAGCAAACAAUGUCUUCCAACAGUAGUCACUUACGUAAAUAAUGUUGAUUUAGAUAAUGAUGAUGAUGAUAAGGAUAAUACUCACAAAAACAUUAGUCCUAUACACUUUUCAGUUCCAAGUUUACAACAAUCGUGUAUUUCUGUAAAUAAAUUUUCCGUCGUUAAUCCAAAGAAUAUUGAUCAACUCGUCGUUUCUAAUCUUGUCAAUAGUUCCAGUAGUAAGAACAAAGAAUGUGUAGUUAAUACUGUUGAUCAUCAUGAUCAUGAAAUACAAUCAGCUCGAUCUCAUCUGGUGCGUCAAGCUCGUCUAAAUUCAAAACCAAUCAUUGAUACAUCAUCUUUCAUGGAAUCGUUUGUUGUUAAAACAACAACGACAAAAGAAAAGAAGAAAAAAACAGGUAAACAUCGUUUGAUUCGUAUCAGAGAUAGUGAUGAUGAGAGUGAAGAUAAUGAUGUCAACAAUAAAGGCGAUAAAUUAAAAAAUAAUAUCGGUGUUGUUGGUGGCGAUGGGGAUGGAGGUGGCCGAGUUAUUGAGACUUGUUUCCGUCGACCUGGUGAAUUUGUAUUUAGAGUUGAUUCAAAAAAUGUCAAUCCUUCAUCAACAAAUGGUGUCAGUGAUCAUAAUACAGACAGACAAGCAACUCGAUCCAAGUCGAGACCACCAACAACGACAAUCAACCAACAGUCACGAUCUAAAUUAAAACCUCAUACCACUACUUCUAAUAUUAAUAGUAACAAUAAUGAUAAGACUGACAAAGAAUUGAAUAUUAAUGGAUUUAAAAAGUUGUCAAAAGUAGUUGGAGCUGAAGUUAAAACAGUGAAUAUUUUCGAUUUAUCAAUGAAUCGAACUGCUGAUCUAUCUGUUCUUCCGCCUACUUUGAAUGAUUUACGCAUUAAGCAUAAAGAGCAACGACAACAAGUGCACUCAAACGCUGAGACCCAGAAAGACACUACUGCCAAGAUGACAAUGACGAAAAGAAAACGUUCUGUUCUUGGUGAAUUAGUACAACAGGAAAAUGAAAAACUCAGUUCUGUUAUAAAGAAUAUUGAUAUUGUAGAUGAACACCGUCGUCUUUCAGUUAUCUUGACUCCAAUAUGUAAUGAAAACCAACCUCCAUUCGAUGCACAAAUAUCCAAUUCAAAAAAUAAUAAACGUCAAUUUCGUCGAUUAUAUUUAUUCGAUCAAGAGAAUGAAGACAACAACGAUAAUGCCAAUAAUGUUGAUAAUGAAUAUAGGCUUAAAAAUACGAAAACUGACGUUGGUAAUACUGCAGGCAAACAAUUAAAAUAUAAUAACUUAACUUCUUCUAUUAGUAAGCUCGAUAAUAAUCAACCAGUGACGACCAACCCUAAAGUAACUACUAGUCGAUCACGAAAAAGAAAUUGAUGGAAGGGAAAUGUAUGAAAGGAAAGCACAUUAAUUUCCUGUUGAAUUAUUUUAUCCCAAUGCAAAAAGCAUCCUUUUUUAUUUUGGAUAAAUGAAAAAGGCAUUCUUAAGUUUGUAUAUAUUUUCUGUGAAAACAACGUACAAUCAAUUAUAUAGAAUUGACUUGUCUAUUAUUCUUUAUAAAUUUAAAUGAUAUUCAUCUCUACACAUGAUUAACUACAUGCUAUCUAUCAGUAGUCAUUACAAUUUCUAAUUUAUUUUAUUAAAAUUUUAAAAAUGGUGAAUAAUUUUUUUUCUUAGAAACAAGAAUACAAUUCACUUGUUUUAAAUCAACUUCAUAGUGUUAAUUGUACAUUGAAUUUUGUUUAUUUGAAUCGAAGCGGAAACUACUUCUUAACCAUCAAAAAAUAUCCUUAUUGUAUUUUAUUUUUGUUAAAUUGUUUGUUAAUGUUUUGUCUAUAGUUUUUAUGUGUGUUUAUCUUUCCUAUUUUCAUAAUUCAUCUUAAUUCUUUUUUAAAUUAAUCACAAUAUUCUAAUUCUUUGUUAAUGAUCAUACACACUUGUUAUUUCCAGUUGUAUGCAAUAAUACACAACUAAAGAAAAUA